GGAAGCCAAGAGCACAAGCUACAAACUACUUUUGCCUUCCAGGAGCUAAGCCAGUUGUGAUUUUCGGGAAAGAAGACUUUUUCAAGAGCUCUUCAGAACUUUUCCAGUUCACUUCAUCCCACUAGGUCCUGUUUUGCCUUUGAAGAAUGAUUGCAUUGUGUUUUUCAUGCAGUCUUCUGAUGGAUAUCUGCUGUUUCAAGCAACUGCCAUCCUGCGUGCUGCUUAGAUAUGCCUACUAUGUUUGCUGAAAGAAGGGGAGACAACUCAAAUUCAAAAGGAGUUCUCUGAAAUUUUCCUGGAUUUUUAGCAAGAUUUUAAAGUUGUUUUUGGAAGCUAGAUUUCAGCCACGCCUGACUCACAAGCCUUCCGCCGGGAGUCAAUUUUUCUUUCUGAUUCAGACUGUGGAAUUUCACAUUUACCUGUAUAAAGAGUUUCUGUAAGUUUUCCCUACUUCCCUUUCCUUACCUGAAAUUUGUAGGUAAGAUUCAGAAUACAUUUUGAUAAAUGAAAUAUUUUGUCCAAGAUUUUUCAAAAAGCUGCUGGUUUUUUUUCCUCAUAGACUUUUAGAAGCAAAACUAUGUAAUAGGUUUGCAUACCAGUUUAAAUUUAUUUUUUCUUUCUCUGAUCAAAUGUUUAACUGAUAAAUUUCUGCGGCUUUUCUACAGCUAUAAUCACAAGCAUGCUUUUUAAUGUUUAAUUGUGUUAAUUUGCAUUUAAAGGAAACACAUUCUGAGAUUUUGCACAGCUAUGAAAUAAAACACAGGUGUAUCUAUAGUUGUUUUUCCUGUUUUUUUAGCUUCCAAGUUCUGGAAAACAUCUGAGAAAUGCCUUUUUUAUUUCAUAAAUUUGGGGAGUCAUGGACUAUGUUUUCUGUAUUAAAAAUGACAAACCGCUGGAAAAUUCCAACUUAAUUUUUUUUUAAUUCAACAAAGUGAGGUGCAGGCAUUGGAGGCAUGCAAAUAUGAAUAAAAGAUCAAACAGAUGACAAUGAGUAAGAAAAACCAGGUUUGCAUUCAAAUUCCUAAAUGCAAGUACAUGCAUGGUUACUCUGUGCUUUAAUGUGUGGCAUAAAUAGAAACAAAAGACAAAAGUAGUUGGCAUUAACAGACAAAAGAAUAUAUGAAAAAGCAAUUCAUUUUUCAGGAGUCAACAAGGGCUGCUAAGGUCAUCUGAUAUCAGGUUCAGUCCUGGUUGCCAUCCUAGGAUCUAAAAGCCUGAAAGGAUUUGAGAAGCUGAUAUUGUCUUCCAUGGGGAACUGUCUAAAAUCAGGUACAGCAGUCUUCCAAGAAGAAACCAAGAGCUCUUCAUACCAUAUGCUAUUCAUGCCUCAUUGGUUUUUCUCAUCACCAUGUCUGAAUUUAUCUGGAGGAGGAGGAGGAGGAGGAAGACCUGAUCUGGGGCUCUUAUAAUCUUGUGAAGCUCAAGGAUUUUACAAACACGUGGCAUGAAGAAACUUUGAGAAAAGGGGGAGAGGAAAGCCUGGAAGAAGCUCCAGGUAACUACCCUUUGCUUCUUGUUUGCCCCAUUGACUGCAGUUGCACAGAGGACUAUAAUCCUCAACAAUUUUACCAGUUGUUGGAACCUGCUGGUGGGGUGAGGACACAUUCCUGAGCAGUAUGUGUGGCCAGAGCACACUGCUGCAGCUGGGAGCAUGAGUGUUGGCCCCCAGCUACAGCUGGCAGUCCUCUGGCCUUGGCUGCUAAUGGCUAUGCUGCAGAUACGGCUAGGCUACUCAGGACUGGCACUGGUGGCAGCAAUGGAAGCUGAGCGGACUUUGGCCCAGAAGGCAAUAAUUCGGGUAAUUCCUUUCAAGCUGGAACCCCUCACACUGGAAGGAGUCUUUGCUAGCAUUGCAGAGAUCACCCCUGCUGAAGGCAAACUGUUGCAGUUCCACCCCCUGUCUUUGUGUAAUACCAGCGAGGAUGAACAUACUGUUCCAGGAUUUGUCUCCAUUGUCAAACUGGAAAGGCCUGAGCGGGAUCUCCGGCCAUGCCUGUCAUUGGCCAAUAAGGCAAAACUAGCCGGGGAGAGGGGAGCUCGGGCUGUACUUUUUGACAUUACAGAUGACCAGAGUGCUGCUGACCAGUUGAGGAAGCCUCAAGAGCUGAGUCAUCCUGUUGUUCUGGUCUGGGGCCACAAUGCUGAACUUCUCAUGAGAGUGGUGAACAAUAACCGUGAAGCCCAUGUGAAGAUUGAGGUGAAGGAAAUGCCAGCUUGGCCAGAUUAUGAUGUUUGGAUACUGCUCACCGUUGUGAGUACCGUACUGGUCAUUGUUGUAAUCUUCUUCGUUCGCACUCGUUGUCAGCCAAGCAGAAAUCAGACGAAUGUGCAGGAAACGACCAUGCAAGCAAUCAACCGGCUGGCCAUACGGAGGUAUCAAACCCCCCAUCGGUAUGCGCCAACGGCGGACUCUGCUAGCACCUGCAGUUCUCCUCCCAUAUGUGCAAUCUGUUUGGAAGAAUUUUGCGAGGGGCAGGAACUACGGAUCAUCACCUGUUCCCACGAGUUCCAUCGGCAGUGUGUGGACCCUUGGCUCCAGCAGCACCAAACAUGUCCAUUGUGCAUGUUCAACAUUGUUGAUCGGAUCCCCCCUACUUUACCUAGGCAAUCUCGUGAGGACCGGCACAAUUCUGGAUCUAGACAGAGGCCUCAUUUAUUCCGGCAACGACCGGGGCGUGCCUUGUACCACAUCUCACGAACUGUCCCUCAUACGCCCUCCAGGAACUGCUCUUUAGUGGGCUCCCGUGGACACCCUUUCUUCCACUCUCCUGAACUCUCCCAGUUGGAUCUUGGAACUAUGCAUUACUUGCCCUAUAGGCCAAUUGGCUUUGAGCCUUGGUGUGGCCACCAAGCGCCUCCCAGCAGAAGCCUGUUACGUUCUCAGCAUCCCCUGGAGCCCCCAGUGUGUGAGCCAGCCCUGCCCUCUCAUAGGCUGUGUCUGCUUCAGCACCAGCCCUCUUGCCAAGGUCUCAGGGCUCCCCUUGCAGCCCAGAUAAGUCAUGCUGUUCCUUUACAUCGAGGAAUUCGCCACGGGAGGCAUCACCACCACCACAGUAGUGGCUCUGGGGAGAGUUACCUUACAGAACCCAGUGGAUACCUUCCUGAUGGCCCCGGUAGUGACUCCAGUUCAGGUCCUUGCCACGGCAGCUCCAGUGACUCCAUGUUGAAUUGCACUGACGUCAGUCUUCAGGCUAUCCAUGGCAGUUGCUCUACUUUUCACAGCUCCCUGAGCAGUGAUUACGAUCCGUUCACCUUCUGUGGCUCAGAGAAGCUGACCACGGAAAGCAAACAAGACUCUUCUUCAUCUGGGAAGGACUCACAGCUUCAGUCGGUAGACUCCAUGGUAACAAGUAGAGCACAACUAGCCAGUAAUCAUGUCCACUAUCACCACCAUCACCACAGGCAUCACCAUUAUGGGCAGAAACCUUCCAGCUGUCCAAGUGGCAGACCAAACCAAGAGUCUAAUCCACGCAAGAUGAAAUAUUCCAGGACAAAGGUGGGAUCACAAAACAUCUCACUACCAAAAAGGACAGAGAAAAUGCAAAUGGUAGAUCUUUCUAGGCAAAGACACACGGAACUGUAUUUGGCAGACGGGUCUGACAUUAGCAUGACAGCCAGUAGCCAAGCUGGAACUGUUGGACUGUGGGGCACUCAGAAACCCCAUGCACAAAUCCAUCCAGGUAGAAGGAGAUGGAAGUGUCCUUUUGAGACGUCACCUGAGGAUUCCAGCACAACCCUGGAAUGCAGAAUUGCUAGCCAUCCUGGUGGUUUUUCUAGAAACCAGGGUCCCCCAGAAAUUCAACCUCUUUUAAUAGGGGGUCCCCCUGCACAUAAUUUUGCAGCAUUGCCAGAGAUAUCAAAAUGCCUAACUCCAUGUUUUACCAUGGAGAACCAGGAAAAGAGGGACAUGCUGGGACAAUUGGAUUGUGAACACACAUUUCCAGAAGAAUGUUCAGACUUGGAUGCAACAAGAAGCAACACAAGCUCUUACCUCAUUAAUAGAGUUCCGCAAAAUCUUCAGGGAUCUACAGAAGAUAUCCCCAAUGUGUAUGAACAUUCAGUUUGAUGUGAGGUGAACUUUACUCUGUCAGACAGCCUAAGAGAAGAGACCAGAAACUCAGUGAGAAUGGGCUUUCUUACAAACUCUUCAUGCCUCUUUUGUUGGCGUUGCAGUACUUAAAAUCUUACUAAAUUUUCUGUCCAGACAAUUCAACCCACAAGUGGUCACCUGCCUGUCAGAACUAUAAGCUGCCAAUGUCACAUGCAUUGUUUUGGGAAGCUGCCAUCUUGAAGACUUUUUCAUUUGUUGCAAUGGAGGAUCCUUACUGUUCAUAUUGUUCCUUAAGGAGAGUGGAGUGAAACCAUUCAAAAUUUCUAGGGGGAGGGGGGGGGGAGAACCACCAUAAAGUUCACUUACAUUUGCUUUUUAACUGCAAAAUAGAAUGCAGGAACAACCCUACACUUUCACACCAUUCCAAGAGCAUAUAUGAUAUGCAGGUUGAAAUUAGACAGAGAAAUCAUUCCAUUUCUUUUCCUGCUAAUUUUUUUUCUUCCGAUGUGCCUAAGAGUCUUGGUUCAAGAUGAAUGUAGUUUGCAAGAGCCAAACACUCUUCCCCUCCUCAGCAAAGGGGGUAUUGGAGGUCACUCUGGUUCUGUCUCAUAGGAAUGUUGUUACUGCUCAAUUUGCCAAGAAGUCUGGAAAGUGCAUAUCUCCUUCUCUUCCGAAUACUGUGUGCUACAUCAGAUAAUAGCAUGGGGCAGCUCCAGAUCUGCUUCAUGUGAAUUACAGCUAUUGGCUGCACUAACUGAAAUGCCUGAUCCUUGAGGAGCAAAAAGACCUAAUAGCACUAAUUGAUGGUUAUUUUAUUUCUGACCAUUUAGAAAACUGAGUUGAAACGUGGCAGAGAGAAAUAUUUCAGGAUGCCAUAAGCCCAUGAUGGCAAACCUAUGGCCCGCAUGCCUGAAGUGGCAUGCAGAACCAUGCUGCCUGGCAUGCGUGGCCUCGCCCAUUGCUCUUCCUGGCUUCUGGCGUGCAUGCACACGUGACAAUCAGCUGAGCUUCUUGCGCACAACAGUGUUGUUUUCUGGCCUGCGUGUGCACGUCAGCUAGCUGAUCGUCACACACACAUGCACACCAGAAACUAGAAGAGGAGUGGCCGAUCGUGCAUAUAUGAACUGGAAACUGAAGUUUCGGUUUCCAGCAAGCGCAUAUGCACUGGGCCACUCCUCUUCCGGUUCGCUUCCUGAGUGUGCGCACACUCCCUUUUCAGCACUCGGUGCCAAAAAGGUUCGCCAUCCCUGUCAUAAGCUAACAAAAUCUGUUAACUACAGUACAAAAUCCAGUUCUCUGUACAUCUUUCAGCCCUAGAUUGGUACUUAUAUGGAGGGGAGAGUGUUUUCAGAGGCUGGAUUUGGACCAAGAAUCUCUGUGCCUAGCUUCUUAAAAUUGUCAAAAAAUAAACUACCCCCCCCUCCAAAACUCCAAAAGAGAUGCCCAGUAUUUCUGAGCGUCUUUGCCACGAUAGGGUGUCUUUGUCAUUUCAGUUUUUCUGUGUAGCCCUAGUCAAAGAUUUAAACCCGUUCAUCCUCACAUCCAGCACUCUUGCUACUUUACAACAUAUCCCACAAUAUUAUUUUCUCUUCCUCCUCCUCAGUAUCCAGUUGUGAAUAGAUAACAAUUCCAAUCUGAAGGCAGUCAUGCUGCACUUUACAUGUGGAAGACAAAGAGCUGAAGUUUGUGGAAUAUUUUCAGUUAUCUUUUCCCCCACUUUGCUCAGAGUGAAUACAGGCAAGCAGUUUAGUAAUUGGUACACCUAAGACACCUCAUCCUGAGGCAUCAUUGAAUAGUAAUGCUGUGAUAAGUUACUUAUUGGUAAAUGUAACCUGUAGUCAAACAUCAAGCCUUGGGAUAUUAAUACGGUACUGUUGUGAAUGUGGCAAAUUAGAGAUGGACAUUUUUCUGAUUUAAAAUACUGACAUUUUAGGUGCAUCCAGACACUGAUUUAAAUCUGACUGAGAAUAAUCAGCUUGCUUACCAAAUAAAUAGUCCUGGAUUCUCUGGGGAGAAACUGUAUCAAUUGAAUUGGCAUAAAGAGUGAUAUAAAUCUUUACUUUAGAUAUAUUCAGAAUCUCACUGAAUAUACAAGACUAUAAACUCCUGAAGCAUUGCAAAGACAUUCACCUAUUGGGUAAGAUUUUGAAUGGGACAUAAAAUGAAAAUGAUUUAUGAUUAAAAUGAUUCCUUUGUAAAAAAAAAAAAACAACGCCAAAAGUUAAACAGAUUACAGGCUUUUUAUGAAGUGAGCAAGGAAACCAAGAGUUGUAUAGUUAUUACUAUCACUUUCCUCAUUGGCCAGAGAUGUAUCUUUAAAAUGUUUUUAGGAUUAAUGGAAAUGCAAAAUAUAUACUUGGAAUUUAUUAUUUUUAUUCAUUUCAUAUUUGCUAAAAUAACGUAAGGAAAGUGUUGAUCAGGCUAUAUGUGAUAUUCAUGAACUGGAGGUAGAAAGAGGGAGAAGAGAGAGCAUGUUUGGCAUGCAAAAAGUAGCAAAUUCAAAUCAUAGCAUUUCCAGGAUGAGCUGGCUAAGGUCCCUGAUCUAUAGUGCUUUCCAAGAUUUAAUUCAGAAUUGCUGAGCUACCUGAGCUUGAUAGUAUGAUAAUGUGUCUGGGAAUUCUGGUCAUUAUAUUCCUACACCAGGGGUGUCAAACUCAAGGCUUAGAUCUAGCUUGAGGAGCUGUCCUGGAAACAGUGGAUUGACCUGCAGUGCCUUUGCCAGUGAAAAUGGACCUCGGGAGGGCCACGUUAGCACUCGGGCCGCCACAAGCGCCCCUGACAUGAGUGACAUUGAGCUUCUCCCUCCUGCUCCCCCCCUCCCUCGAGGUCAAACACAACCCUGAUGCGGCCCUCAGUGAAAAUGAGUUUGAUACCCCUAGGUUGAGGAACUAUUAUAGGUGAUAUUGAUGAGACAGAUCAGUAAUUAAUGCAGGUUUUUUAAAAACCUGAAAAUUCAUAGAAAUUGCUGAUGGUUGGUUUGUACAUCCUUUGAUGAGUAGUCAUCCAAAAAUUGGAUGUGAACUUAGGAACGGAUUCAUGGAUAACAAAGGUUCAUGGCAUGUAGGUGUUAGAAAGCUGUAAAUGCAAGAAAACAACAUAUUUUAUGCGAAGUAGGGAGUUCAGUCCUCAAAUGUAUUAAAAAGCACCACGGGUAAGAAAGCAUUGUAUCAUAGGAUAAAGACUUACGUUGCUUUGGAAGAGAUUUAUGUUCCUCUUGGGUACAGAACAGGAACAGAGUGACCAGAUCUUUUCAUCAAGGGGUGGCCCAAGUCACAGGUUGUGUGUUCUAUGGAGCUACCACUGCCUUAUUGGUAAGGUUCAGUGGGAUGUUUUCCAUCAUAUUGCACAACAGGAAGAGCACCCCACAUUCACAGUGAUUCUUUUUCCUCAGCCCCCCCCCCAACCCCAAAUCCAAGAAAAUUACACACAAAAAAACCCCAUUAUCUCAUUCUCACUGACUUUAAGACAUGGACCCAACCCCUCUCUCACACUUCAAAGUUACAUAUUUGGGGGAAAGUACUAGUCUUUUCAGGUCAAUACACAAUUUCUUGUAUGCUGGGAGUACCUCAAAUGGAGCAAUUUAGUGGCAACUAUAAGAGAGACUAGAAAAACUGGAAAUUAACCUUGCUGUAUUUUUAGACUUAAGCACUGGAAAAUGUUUCAGGAGCAAAAAUAGCGCUCGUUUAGAUGUUCCGAAACCUGUCAGAAAACAUCUGAGGACUAGGCACCAGUUUGGCUGUAGUUCUGUUUCAGUUGGAGUCAAAGCACAAGCCAUAGAAAGGAUGAAAAAACUUACUCCACAGGGAAACAGUGAGUCAGUGAGAACACGUUGAGUCGUUCUUUUCCUUUCAGCACCUUCUCCUUCAAAUUUCUUCAGCUGCAGUUGUUCUGCUCCUUCCUCCUGGCAACCUCAGACCCUUUGAAAUGUGAAUAAGGAAUUUAUUUUUAUACUUUGUAAUUAAUUUUUUGAAUCUACUUUUCAGGCACUUGGGUACUUUUAUAAACCAAAAGGGAAAAAUUAUGUUUAUGUACAUACAUAUGCAAAACCAAAUAUUUAUGUCUAAGAGAGAGAGAGAGAGAGAUUGUUUGAAUAUGGGGACAUGCUCAAAUCUAUUUAUUUUGCUAAUAUAUUUAUCCACGUGUAAAGCUGUUCAUGUGGCUGUUAUUUUUUUUUUCUGUAUAAAAUCAUGGGUGCCUAUGUUCAAGAGAUGCCUCUUCCUGUUUAUUUGUCAGAAAUAAAUUUU